UAACCACCGCUCUCUGCAAAUGCCUGCGGGCGGUCCCCACGCAUCGACGCCUUCCCUGAAUGCAACCACGUGCGUGCAUGAUGUACGCGAAAGUGUGCGCGUGCUGUAAACAGACCUUCGUUCGCUCCCAUUUUCGGGGGAACGCACGCGUGAAGGAGCCACGGAGACAACAAGCGGUGUAUAUUUUACCUCCGCCAGCGCGUCUCCUGACGCAAAGCCUGAAUGCGUAACAAGGCGUCGUCCCCGGCGACAAGUGAGGCGAAUGCUUUAUUCUUCCUCGCAUUGCUUAUACCGCCACCGCCGAGCGAGUACCGUACAUCGAACAACGCGACAGCCUGAAACGAGCGGAAGGGUGGAGCACCAUACGCAUAGGGCACCGCGUCUCCCCCUUUGUGCCGAAGAAUAAAGACCACACCAGCAGCCAGCCACACACCAGUCUCGUCCGCCGCGCGCGUUCGACACCAUCGAAGCGACCUUGCGACAACGCUCAAGCAGCCGUCCUGCCAGCUCUUCCGGCAAAAGCGAAGAGGGUGGUGGCGGCAACCCGAAAGGCGGCGUUUGGCGGCUUGUUAAGAACGCACACGCGCCUCGGUCGCAGUCGCGCAAGCGCUGCCUAUAUCGCUGAACACCGCGGCGCAGCAGGCGUAGCCCUGCGCUGCGACAGCGCAACCGCCACUGAAGCCGUGGCUGCGGUCGCCGACGCAAGAAAAGUUCGCUUGUCCCAGCUGCUUCCGGAUACACGCGCCACCGAAGCGGAGCCUGCCGCGUCAAAGCAGCACCGGUGACCAAUCCAGCAGCCAUGGGCUACAUGGGCGUCGAGCACACGCCCCUGUUCGGCAUCGUCCGAGCGCUCGAGCAAGUCCGGGACCCUCGGACCGUGGGCUGGCUCUACUCCGGCAACCCCGUUCCGAUCCACCUGAUCCUCGUGCUUUACGUGUACUUCGUCAAGUACUGGGGACCCGAAUGGAUGAAGUAUCGCAAGCCGUUCACCCUGGUGGGAGUCAUGCGGCUCUACAACAUCAGCAUGGUCGCGCUCAACUUCGGCUUCAUGGUGUUCUUCUUCAAGAACACCUACCUGCGCGGCAACUACAGCUGGCUGUGCACGGGCAUCGACUACCGGCCCACCGAGCAGUCCAUGACGGUGCUGGCCGCCUGCUGGUGGUACCUGCACGUCCGCAUGGCCGAGUUCCUCGACACGGUGUUCUUCGUGCUGAGAAAGAAGAACGCGCAGGUGUCGAAGUUGCACGUCAUCCACCACUGCAUCGUCGUCUGGAACGGCUGGGUGGGCCUGACAUUCGGCGCCGAAGGCCAGAUCAUGAUCUGCAUCUGCAUCAACUGCCUGGUGCACGUCAUCAUGUACGCGUACUACUUCCUCUCGUCGUUCGGCCCCGCCCUGCAGCCCUACCUCUGGUGGAAGCGCUACCUGACGCAGAUGCAGAUCGCCCAGCUGGCCUUCUUCGUCGUGUACGCCAUCGUGCCCAUGGUCUACGACUGCAACUACCCGCGCGUCAUGCUCUGGAUAGGCUUUGUGCAGGCGCUGCUCCUGCUGACGCUCUUCUGCAACUUCUACCUACACGCGUACAGGGGAGGCAGUAGGCCACCGGCCAAGAAGCACGUCGAGUGAGUGACUGAGAGAAAGAGGGGGACCGAGUGUUUAGUUCAUAUACAUAAGUAUCACAUAUACUUCCAAGUGCUGCCACCAUUGGUCCCACCUACUUGCGUGUGCCUUGAUAAGCAUUUAAGUCGGUCGUGAGCGGAGUGCCGAUUGCGGGACGUGCUUCGUCGCACGUCCAUGCAGUUUCGUCGUCGUGGAGUUGUGUAUGUGUGUGUGUGUGUGUCCGACAACGGUGCCUUCGCGCCUGCUUGAGCAACAAGUUAACAGACCACGUGGUCCACGCGACGAACUGUGGUCCUCCGCUGGCAAACCGGCGGACGUUGUCUUGAGUCCACGAGGAAGCGACGCAACUCUUCUUCGCGGAGGACAAAGGAAGCGCCAGCCGCCCUCUCGCACGUGUCGUUGCCAGCAGUAUGUAUACGCGCGAACUGUGCACAUUGCUGACGUUCUGAGACAUUGCGCUGAACGUGAGCGGUGGCACCGACUGCGCGCAUGCGUGCAACGCCAGUGCAACGCUGCUUUCCUCGUUUUCACGACGCCCUUAGUUUCGAGGCAGGAAUAAAGUAGGUCUUUUAUC